AUGGAUAAAGAAAUUGACUAUCUUUUAACAAAAGCUGACUUGAGCAAUUACACAGACAAUUUUAAACAAAUUGGUGUUGCAAAGGUCGAGCAUUUCCUGGACGUUGAUGACGAAACUCUUGAGCAAGACCUUGGACUAGCGAAGAUACAAACUCGCCGUCUGAGGCGUUUCUUCGCUCAGAUACAAGGCGAAUCAAAGCAAAGAGGAACAAGCAGUGAAGGUAUUGAGUUAUCGUUUCUUAGAUGAUUAUUUUGAAGGCCUCUAUAAAAUGAUUGGCUUGUGCUUCAAACCAGCCAUGAACAAAAAACGUAAGGCAACAUGGUGCAUAAUUUGUAACGCAAUCCUUAACAAACAUUUAUAAUGUGAUCGGUAGGUGUUACGUCCGCCAGUGCCCCCAAGAAGCGCAAGCAGGCGAUUUUGUCAUUUGGACACUCCGGGCAGCUACAAGUCCUGAGGAACGACUCAGCACCAGAAAAGAAGCCGUGGGAAAAAUAUCUCCUUCCCAACCCAAACACAGAAAGGCUGAAAUUCUACAAUAGUGUUGUACCGCAGAUUUAUGAAUCUUCAUUCGUGAGUAAACAAGCCGGUUUCAAACAGUAUCUCCUCGAGCAACAGCAAAUGCGUUGGCAGUUAAACACAAAGAUAAAAGCCCUUUCCGAUAAAGAAAACAACUUGCUUAGAAACGAGAAUUGGGGAGUGUGCCAAAACAUCACGAAGUUCAUGUCAGGCGUGGAUGGAUGUAAGGGCAGUGGUGAUGUCGCGAAGUGUGAGUCCUCCUUGACCACUGUCAAUGAGGACUUUAAUUCAGCAUCCGAUUUGCUCUCAUUUAUCGACAACAGACAAAAGAACCUUUAUACAGAAGAGCAUACCUUAAGGCCGUUUGCAAGUGAUGAGCUCAAAUAUUUCCAGGAAGCUCAAGAGCGAGUGAAGGCCUUACACCAAGAGCUGCAGAAAGCCUCCAAUGCGCUCACGACCACCCUCAUGAGCUUGAAGAGAAAGUUCCCAUCUCCCAUGGGGAACAACGGUCUAUCCCGAAGAAAAAAAGAAAACAAGAGAAAAGUGAAAAAAAUCAAGGAGAAAAGGUUACGUCAGCGAGCAGCAAUUCUCCUAGAAAAACUUACCUCAAAAGAGGUAGCUAAAGAGGUUUUCGAUUCACUCGAAAAGACUACUUACAAAUGUGUCUCAAGUAUUAAUGCAGGAUUCACUGCGAGAUUUGUCAAGCGUCUCCACCUGGAUCCUCUGCUAUGGCUUUUGGAAAGAGGCGUGUUUGAAACAGAGCUGGCACGCAAUUUGAAAGUGGUAGUGGCCAGAAUGAACAAAGAGAAUAGCAGUAAUGGUGCUGAAAGAGGGUCAAGUUCGGGCGAGGAUUCCGAUGAAUCUGACGUGGAGACUGUGCAAGAGCCAGUGGAGAGGGCUGCCGAAGAUUCUGACACGGAAGCGGAACAAGAUACAGCCUCACCAAAAUAA